AGCCGUAUUGCAUAGUUUCCAAUAACAAAUAUUUUAAAUAUAAUAAUAACAAUAUAAUAUCAACAUUUAGGAUUUCUGGAUUUUUUUGACCAACAGGAAUGACACUCUUUUGUUGUUAGCCCUCCUCGAUUUGAAGCCAUGUCUUUCCAUCAGGAUCGUGGGGGUCCCCGGGGAGGAGUGCCUCCUGGCCAGCAUGGUACCAACCAGAACUACAGACCCACCAACAUAAGGCCGCCCCCUCCCCAGCCUCCAGUUCCUUCCUACCGUUACGAUUCGCAGACUGCCCCCUACAUGCCUCCACACCCUGACUUCAUGCAGUAUCCUCCUCCAGUUCAAUCCCAAACUUCCAAUUCUCUUAACCAGUGCCCAGUGCGCCCACCUUUCUCGAAGCCCCCCACCCGACAAGGCUUCCCUGAACCACCACCUAACUUUCCACCUCCUCCCUUACCCGGCUCCGCAGGUGGUCCCUCUCCAAGGGCACAGGUAUCUGCUCAAAAUGCCUACCACCCUUACAUGAUGCCUCCUGUGCCCCCACCGCCGCUACCACACCCCCAUGCCUCCCCCAUGGCCUCUCAAUCAAUGAACUACCACGCUCCGUACUCCAUGAACUACCCCCAUCCUCCUCACCCUCCAUUCCCUCCUCCUACCUUCAGCUCCAGCUACACCCAAAGCAACACCCAGUUUCAAGCAGACCACAGCAUCAGGCACGGGGGGCAGUACAAGUACGAGAAGCCCAUGGACAGCAGGAGGUCCCCAGAAAGAGGGUAUCGGCACGAUGAUCACAGGCAGAAGUGCUUUGGCUAUGGAGGCCACGGCGACAGGCACAAAAUGGAAUUUCCUGGAGAGAGGAAGGACCGCGGGAGAAGUCCAGACAGGCGCAGCAGGCAAGAGGGUGGGCGGUAUAGGUCUGAAUACGACAGAGGCCGGACUCCCCCCAGACACAGGAGCAGGGAUCGCAGCAGAGAGCGGUAUCGGCACAGAGACAGUCGGAGAUCCCAGUCACCCGACAGGCACAGAAAGAGGCCUCGAAGCCGGUCAACGAGCAGAGACAGGAAACGUGGUCGCUGGGAGGAGGAGAGAGACAGGAGGUCAGAGAGCUCCUCGGGGCUGAGCAGAGAGCGCAGCUUCUCCGCCAUAAGGAGCAGAGACUCUGAUGAAGCCUUCAGCGACAGAGACCGAGAGCGGGAGAGGGAGAGAGAGAGGGAACGGGACAGGGAGCGAGAAAAAGUGAAGGAGAAGGGCGAUGACGAGAAAGAAGAGGAAGACCUGCUGAAACCCGCCUGGAUUCGGUGCACCCACGCCGAGAACUACUAUUCCAAUGACCCCAUGGACCAAGUGGGAGACUCUACAGUGGUGGGAACGAGUAAACUGCGUGAUCUGUAUGAGCGCUUUGAGGAAGAGCUGGGAAACAGACAGGAGCGAGCCAAGGCUGCUCGACCCAAGUGGGAGCCGCCCAAGACCAAACUGGACGAGGACCCAGAUGACAGCAGCAGCGACUCAGACUGUGAGUCAGAAGGCGAAGGAAGCACCUGCUCCAGCAGCUCUGACUCAGAGGUUUUUGAUGUCAUCGCUGAGAUCAAAAGGAAGAAAGCUCACCCCGACCGGCUGCACGAGGAGCUGUGGUACAAUGACCCCGGGGAGAUGAAUGAUGGUCCCCUGUGUAAGUGCAGUGCCAAGGCCAGACGUACAGGGAUCCGCCACAGCAUCUACCCGGGGGAAGAGCCUGUGAAACGGUGCCGUCCAAUGAACAACAACGCUGGCAAACUGUUCCACUACAGGAUCACUGUGUCACCUCCCACCAACUUCCUGACCGACAGGCCGACAGUGAUUGAGUACGAUGACCACGAGUACCUGUUUGAAGGCUUCUCUCUCUUCUCCCACACUCCUCUCACUAACAUUCCAUUGUGCCGUGUGAUCCGCUUCAACAUAGAUUACACCAUUCACUUCAUAGAGGAGAUGGCACCGGAGAACUACUGCGUCCGAGGCCUGGAGCUGUUUGCCUCCUACCUGUUCCGGGAUAUUCUUGAGCUUUAUGACUGGAACCUGACAGAUCCCGAGUCUGAUGGUGAGGUCUCUGGAUGCCCGCGUUUCCAUUUCAUGCCACGUUUUGUCAGAUUUCUGCCCGAUGGCGGGAAGGAGGUCCUGUCAAUGCAUCAGGUGCUGCUCUACCUACUACGCAGCAGCAAGCCCCUGGUCCCCGAGGAGGAGAUUGCAGAUAUGCUGCAGUGGGAGGAGCUGGCGUGGCAGAAGUACGCCGAGGAGUGCAAGGGCAUGAUCGUCACCAACCCGGGCAUGAAACCGAGCUCGGUGCGCAUCGACCAACUGGACAGGGAGCAGUUCAACCCAGACGUCAUCACUUUCCCCAUCAUCGUUCAUUUUGGGAUACGGCCCGCGCAGUUAAGCUACGCUGGAGACCCCCAGUAUCAGAAGCUGUGGAAGAGCUACGUGAAACUACGCCACCUGCUGGCCAACAGCCCCAAGGUCAGGCAGAUCGACAAGCAGAAGAUGACACAGAGAGAGGAAGCUCUUCAGAAGAUCCGUCAGAAGAACACGAUGCGCCGAGAGGUGACAGUGGAGCUCAGCAGUCAGGGCUUCUGGAAGACUGGCAUCCGCUCCGACGUCUGUCAGCACGCCAUGAUGCUCCCCGUUCUCACCCAUCAUAUCCGCUACCACCAGUGUCUCAUGCAUCUGGAUAAGCUCAUCGCCUAUGUCUUCAAGGAGCGCUGCCUCCUUCAGCUGGCCUUAACUCACCCCAGCCAUCACCUCAACUUUGGCAUGAAUCCCGACCACGCCCGCAACUCGCUGUCCAACUGCGGCAUCCGCCAGCCCAAAUAUGGCGACAGGAAGGUCCACCACAUGUACAUGAGGAAAAAAGGAAUCAACACAUUGAUUAACAUCAUGUCUCGUCUGGGACAGGAUGACCCCUCCCCUUCCAGGAUCAAUCACAACGAGAGACUGGAGUUCCUCGGUGAUGCUGUUGUCGAGUUCCUCACCAGUGUUCACCUGUACUACCUUUUUCCCAGUUUAGAGGAGGGUGGCCUGGCCACCUACAGAACGGCCAUCGUACAGAACCAGCAUUUGGCCAUGCUAGCCAAGAAACUGGAGCUGGAUCGCUUCAUGCUCUACGCUCACGGACCGGAUCUGUGCCGGGAGUCGGACUUGCGGCACGCCAUGGCCAACUGCUUUGAGGCUCUGAUGGGGGCUGUGUAUUUGGAAGGAGGCUUGGAAGAGGCACGGCAGCUCUUUGGGAGACUGCUUUUCAACUCUGAGGAUCUGCGGGAGGUCUGGCUCAACUACCCACCACACCCCCUGCAGGUACAGGAGCCGCAGACAGACAGGCAGCUGAUUGAGACGUCGCCGGUCCUCCAAAAACUGACCCAAUUCGAGGAGUCCAUCGGAGUUUUGUUCACACAUGUGCGUCUGCUGGCCAGAGCCUUCACCUUAAGGACCGUGGGCUUUAACCACCUCACCCUGGGCCACAACCAGAGGAUGGAGUUCCUGGGAGACUCUAUCAUGCAGCUGGUAGCCACAGAAUAUCUCUUCAUCCACUUUCCUGACCACCAUGAAGGACAUUUAACACUCCUCCGCAGCUCCCUGGUAAACAACCGCACGCAGGCCAAAGUGGCCGAGGAGCUGGGAAUGCAGGAGUUCGCCAUCACCAACGACAAAACCAAACGUCCAGUCGCGCUGCGGACCAAGACUCUGGCCGACUUGUUGGAGUCUUUCAUCGCAGCUCUCUACAUUGAUAAAGACCUGGAGUACGUGCACACCUUCAUGAACGUCUGCUUUUUCCCUCGACUGAAGGAGUUCAUUCUGAACCAGGACUGGAACGACCCCAAGUCUCAGCUGCAGCAGUGUUGUUUGACCCUGAGAACGGAGGGCAAGGAGCCUGAUAUCCCACUCUACAAGACCUUGCAGACGGUGGGGCCGUCGCACGCGCGCAUUUACACCGUCGCCGUGUAUUUCAAAGGAGAGCGAAUCGGCUGUGGCAAAGGCCCAAGCAUCCAACAGGCAGAAAUGGGAGCUGCGAUGGAUGCGCUCGAAAAAUAUAACUUCCCACAGAUGGCUCAUCAGAAGCGCUUCAUCGAGCGGAAAUACAGGCAGGAGCUGAAGGAGAUGAGACGAGAGCGGGAGCGGCAGGAGAAGGAAACCGAAGACUCGGAAGAGUACAGGAAGUGACAGCACCUUCUUUGGGACAGCCAAUCAGGACCCGGGUCCACAUUAGGGAGUCUUCUCUGCAGAUGUUGCAGCUGUUCAGGCAAGAGUUAGCAAAACGGAGGUGCCACUAGUUGAUCGUGAAGAUGUAGUAAGGAAGAUAGAUGGGUUUUAGGUUGGGAUCAACUGGGCUGAAGUGACCGUUAGCACAAAUAUUUGGAGGGAAACUAGCUUUGUGGCCGGGAUUUUCAAAGUAAAAGUUGGACAAAGGGCAAAGAGAAUUAGAAAUGACGCCUCGUGCGUUCAUGUUUUAUGCUGUUUAUCACUCCGGCUCUGUCAAAGGUGGCUUUAUGUUGUCUUAUGUGUAUGUUAAAUAUAAAGUGGAACCUUUUUAAAAACAAAGCCACAGCAGGACCUCACCGUAUUACUGGCACAUGGCAAAAAAAUUCAUUUUUUAAAUGGAGUAAGAACUGUUAAAUAAACCAUCAGAGGAUCUAUUGUAAAUAAAGUUUCUGAUUCUGGUCCAAAAA